AUGCCUUUUAAAUUGAAGUUGAAGAAAACGCGGCAGUACAAUGUAGCUUCUAAGAGCUUGUUCGUGAUUAGCGUUGAAUUGCUAGACGGUGGUGUAGCAGAUUGUACUCUAUCGGUCGAUAGUACGGGGCAGGAGUGCCUUGAUAAUGUUUGUCAGCGGCAGGCUAUAAAUCAACCGGAGUUUUUUGGACUCAGAUACGUCAAUCGUGGUCAACAGCCGCGAUGGGUCCAAUUAGAACGCCCUUUGAAACGUCAGUUGGACAAAUAUGCAUCAUCCCACCAGCUGUACCUGCGUGUUAUGUAUUAUGUCAUAUCUGGCACCAGUCUCAUCACGGACGAAGUCACGCGAUACCAUUACUUUCUCCAGUUAAAGAAUGAUUUGAUUGAGGGACGUAUUAUUUGUGAUUGCCAACAAGCUGUCGUUUUGGCAUCGUAUAGCCGUCAAGCUGAAUACGGAAAUCAUGAUCGGGAGAGGCAUACAGUGGAAUACCUGAAAAAUCUCUUGACAUUUCCCAAGCAAAUGCUAGAUGGUGGUCAAAUCAUAGAUGGUAGUACAUUGGCGGAGACGGGGCGGCUAGAAUGGCUGACUGCAGCAGUUAUACAACAUCACAUGUCUCUUCACAACAUGUCACAGGCGCAAGCGGAAGAAGGCUUCAUCACCGCAUGCCAGCAACUACGAGGCUACGGUCAGGAGAUGUUCAGCGCACGAGACCAGCUCGACCAGAGUGAAGUCACUAUCGCCGUGUCACUCACCGGCAUCCGAGUGCUGACGGAGACCAGUGAUACGCCACACUUUUAUAGAUGGAUGGACAUAACGAACGUGAUCAAUCACAAGCGGACCUUCAGCGUGGAGUGCCAACGUCCACUCAGCUCGGCGGCCUUCGUGUUGCCCAGCCCUGAAGACGGGAAGUACGUGUGGCGCAUGUGCGUACAGCAGCACACCUUCUACAUGCGGCACCGGGUUGCCCUCAGCACGACACACGCCGCCACAACCGAAGAACCACGACCCAACUUCCAGGAGCACGGUCUGUCGGAGAGCCGCGAGGAGCUGGAUGUACGGGAUAGCGGGAGCGCGUCCCGAUUGGACCCGCUGUCGUCGCAGUCCCCACUGUCCCCACUAUCCCCGUCAUCCCCACAGUCCCCGCUGUCGGCGGCACACCGUGCUCACUCCACGUCCUGUCUCGAGCUAGCCGACCACCCACCACAGCCGCUGCCCAGGAACAGAGCUCUUCUCCCUUCAUACCGACCAGCGCCCGAUUACGAAACGGCUAUCCAGCAGAAAUAUCAGCAGCAAAGAGCAGAAGCUCAGAUCCGAUAUCAGAACCAUCACACCCAUUCCCAACUCCUCGGCAGCAGUGCCAAACCUCUAGUCUACGGAUCCCAUCCAGACAUCCACAGAAUCCAUUACCCCGAUGUCACUAGGCACACGGUUUCUGUUAACCAGGGUGUGGCAGCCACUGACGAUUACAACUAUGGUCUUAAAUUCAUGGGCAACUAUCCAUUCGCAGUCAAUCCCAAUGUCCAGACCGACCACGCUUUACACUACGUUAAUGUAUACAAACCACCACCCCCCUAUCCCUCUAAUGGUCUGGCCUCCAACUCGACCCCAGACCUAGCCGUGGCAAGUCAAGCCUUAAACUAUCACAGAGGUUACAUCAAUUCCCAUGUGUCAGGUUCCAGUCCAGAUCUAGUCUCAACGAGGCCGGCAUUAAAUAGACAAUACCUAGGGUACCUUAACCAAGGUCAUAACGUUGUGAACUACCCUCGACCCAACCUCCUCCCAGCAACGCACGGAACAUACAACAAUCUCACAUCGGUCCUCGAUCCUAAUCCACAUAUCAUAAUCGACCCUCACCAUAUAUCCGACAACAUACAGAAGGUGUACGAUGAAAGGGGGAAUAUAAUGUAUUCUAUGCCGAUGCGUCGGAUAUCCUACCAAAGGCAUCUGGUGCUGCCGCAAGCCCAACAGAUCAAGAUGAACGAGACUCAGGAACCCAUAUACGAGAAUGUUCCACUACCAUGGCAAAACGAAAGUACAACGCGGGAUAGAGCACAAAGUCUGACAACUACCGACGAGAUUUCACGACUAAACGAUCGAAAUAGCAGCCAUCCGACCAUAAACAGCUACGGAAACUUGAAACCAACCUUAAACAUACCUAACUACCACUUACCGGUGAAAAUUGAACUGGACAACCAUUACAUGAAUGCGCAAGUUAUUAAGGGUGUGAGGGAGACGAGUGUACCAAAAGACCUGAACAUCUCUAGUCGAUCCAUCAACAAGACUGAAGAAUUGGAGAAUAUCUCAGUAGCAGUUGAUAAGCUGUCGUUGAAGAAUGAUGACAAAGACUUUGAUGAGACUCCGUACCAAAGUCUAUCAACCCACAAAAUAUCCAACAACAAUAUAAUAAGCAAGUCUAGUGAUAAUGUGACGUCCAUAAUUGUGCCUGAUAUUAAAUGUGGGCAAAGCAUCCAAAACUUAUCACAGAAUACAACGGACAGUGCUUUAUCAAGCUCUAUUACAAACACUACUCACACCAGCGUAGAAUUAGAGAACUCAAAGAACAGUGUGAGCAGUAAGGAAAAGAAGAGAAGAAGGUGGGGAGUGUUUAUGGGUAGGGGGAAUAAGACUGUGGAAGUGAAAAGUGCUACAUUGGGGAGGGAUAGAGCAAAAGCUAAUGCGGGGCAGACUGCCAACAAGCAUCGGUGGUCUACGGGUUUGCCCAAGUUUCAGCCCUUACCUCCCAGCAUUACCAAAGAAACUUUGUGCCAACUCCUUGAACGCAAGAUGUCGGACGACCAGCUCGCGUUUGCCUUCGAACAAAUUCCCAAGGGUCGAGAGAGUGGGGGUGAAAUUCGCACGGCCCUGUUACCCCAAUACGCAGCUCUCAACAACUUCAGCACCGACCACUUGCCCUAUGAAGAUAACAGGGUGAGGCUUCACCCCACACCAACCAACCCCCAUGGAUAUAUCAACGCUUCACAUAUAACGAUGACGGUGGGCAGCACGCAGCGCUUCUACGUGGCGGUGCAGUGCGGCGCGGGCAGCGCGGCGCAGCUGUGGGAGUGCGUGUGGCAGCUGGGCGCGCGCCUGCUGGCGCUCGUGGCCGACCAGCCGCCGCCCUACCUGCCGCCCGAGCACCAAGCCAAGGACUACGGACAGUUCAACGUGUCUACGUCGCGCUGGUCGCAGGCGGCUUGGGGCGGGUCCGUGCGGCUGCGCGUGCGACGGACGGGCGGUGCGGGCGGCGGCGCGGGGGGCGGGGGCGCGCCGCGCGUGCGCACGCUGUGGCACGUGCAGUUCGCGCGCUGGUCGCCCGCACAGCAUGUGCCGGACGACGUUUCACAAUUCCUUGAGUUCCUGUCGGAAUUGAACGGUCUGCGGCUGGCGUGCGAGGCGGGAGAGGAUGCGGGUGGUGUGGUGGGGGGCGGCAGCGCGCCGCUCGCUGUGGUGUGUCCGCAGGGCGCCGGCCGCAGCGGCGUCGCGCUCGCCGCGCACCUGCUGCUGCACGUGCUCGACACCAACCAGGAGUUGGACAUCCCAAGGACAAUAACCAUGCUGCACCAACAGAGAGCGAACCUCAUACAAAACGUGCACCAGUACAAGUUCCUGCAUCAAGUGCUUCUGCAUUAUUUGAAACAGUCGCGCCUAAUUUAG